AUGUGCGGUCGAUACGCAAUGGCUUUGCGGCCUUCGCAAGUCCGCCAGAUGCUACAAGACAACGACGACAUGCCCGUCAACGACGCCCCCGCUGACGAGGGAGACGGCGCCCCGCGCCAGAGUUACAAUUUCGCCCCGGGCUACCACGGCGUCGUGUACCGCGCCGACGUGUCCGACCGCGGGGCAGGCACCUCCAGGGCAGCUCACACCGACCGCAACACCGACAGCAGCAGCAGCACGACCACCGCCGCCACCGCCGACACCACCGCAGACACCACCACAGACACCACCGCCGCAGACCAAACAUACCCUCCCACGGACACCCCAAACGCCAGCCAAACACGCUACAAACUCCAGUCCAUGAAGUGGGGCCUCGUGCCCUCCUGGACCAAGCGCAACCCCGACUACAGCAGCCUGCUCAAGACGAUCAACUGCCGGUCCGACUCGCUGGCCACGCCCGGCGGGCUGUGGUCCGGCAUGAAGGGCCGCAAGCGCUGCGUGGUGGUCGCGCAGGGCUUCUACGAGUGGCUGAAGACGGGCUCUGGUGGUGGGGGUGCGACGAAGGAUCGGGUGCCGCAUUAUGUGAAGCGGAAGGAUGGGCGGUUGAUGUUUUUUGCCGGGCUGUGGGAUUGUGUGCGCUAUGAGGGGGAGGGGGAGGCGCCGCUGUAUACGUUUACGGUCGUGACGACGGAUAGUAAUGAGCGGUUGCGGUUCCUGCAUGAUCGGAUGCCGGUUAUUUUGGAGCCUGGGUCCGAGGCGCUGUGGAAGUGGCUCGAUCCGGGGAGGGAUGAGUGGAGUAAGGAGUUGCAGGGGCUGUUGCGGCCGUUUGAGGGGGAGCUGGAGGUGUAUCCGGUCAGUAAGGAGGUUGGGAAGGUGGGGAAUAACUCGCCGAGUUUUGUUAUCCCUGUGGCGAGUAGGGAGAAUAAGGCGAAUAUUGCGAACUUCUUUGCUGCUGCGGCGGAGAAGAAGAAGGGAGGGAGUUUGAAGGCUGAGGCGGGGGCUGAGGAAGGUACGGGGGUGGGUGAAGGAGGGCAAGAUACGGCCUUGAAGAGUGCGGAAGACCCCGGGAAGACUACUAGCAGUGGUGGGAUGGGCACGCCGAAGAAGGGGAUCAAGAGGGAGGCUAGCCCAUCGCCCGAUCCGGGUGAACCGCCGGUUAAGAAAGGGCCAUCCUUCAAGACGAUGUCGCCUGUCAAGGAGAAACCGCAGCGGCGGGGCAAGAUCAGCGCUACGAGCAACACCUACAAAAGCCCUACCAAGGCCAAGGCAAAAGCCGACGGAAGUCAGAAGAUUACGAAGUUCUUCGUUGGGAACAGCGCCUAG